AUCGACAAGUCUCUGCUUCUCGAAGACUAGAGAUGUCUGUAAAACUUGCGUGUUAUGUGACGGCUUCGGUCACUGUCGCCACUCUUAUGGUAUGCUUCAUGACCAUGUCAACCAUCUACUCGGAGGUUGAUGGAUUCAGAGAGAAGCUUGAUACCGAGAUGAAUGUGUUCAGACAAUCUACCAAUGGAUUGUGGAAGGACAUAGUUGUCAUCGGAAGAUCUAGCAAGCGUGUCCGUCGUCAAUAUGAAGAGACCAACGCUACCCCAACUCCACAUGCUGAUGGAUCCCCAUCUGCUCCACCAGGUCAACCACCAGCAGUUCCACCAGUCUUCAACCAGCCAAAGACUCCAAAUGGAGCCAAUGGAAAUGGACCAACCUGCAACUGCAAUGCUGAUAACAAGUGCCCAGCUGGACCAUCCGGACCAAAGGGAGUUCCAGGAGUUCCAGGACUCGACGGAGUUCCAGGACUUGACGGUGUUCCAGGAGUUGGAGCUGAUGAUAUCGCUCCACAACGCGAGUCUGUCGGAUGCUUCACUUGCCCACAAGGACCAGUUGGACCACCAGGAGCUCUUGGAAGACCAGGACCACGUGGACUUCCAGGACCAAGAGGACAAAAUGGAAACCCAGGAAGAGAUGGACAACCAGGACAUCCAGGAGAGCAAGGAUCAUCCGGUCAAAUCGGAAAGAUCGGAGAGCCAGGACCACCAGGAGAGAAGGGACGCGACGCCGAGCAUCCAAUCGGAAGACCAGGACCAAAGGGACCAAGAGGAGAUCAAGGACCAACAGGACCAGCUGGACAGAACGGUCUUCACGGACCACCAGGAGAGCCAGGAACCGUUGGACCAGAAGGACCAUCUGGAAAGCAAGGACGUCAAGGACCAGACGGAACCCAGGGAGAGACUGGACCAGACGGAAGACCAGGAAAGGAUGCCGAGUACUGCCAGUGCCCAGACAAGUCUCCACCAUCAGAGGCUGUCAACGCCAACCGUGGAUACAGAAAUAUCUAAAUUGUUGGUGUUUUCUAAUAAAAUAUUUGAGAUUC